AUGUCUGAUGAAGAUGAGUUCGAGACCGAAUGUGAAAACCUGCAAGGCAUGUUUAUGCAUAGAGGCUACCCUGCUUCCUUGAUUGAUAAUAUAAAGCAAGAAGUUUGUCAUAAAAGAAAAAAUGGGUAUUUUCAGCCUUUACUUAGUGGGUUACAGCAACAGCCCAUGCCAAUGGAAUCUUCAUUGGAUAACAAGAAUAAUAGGGUUUACAUGACCAGCUUCUUAUCGACGUUUUCCCUAGAUUAUGUAUUUAUCAGGGAUAUUAUAAAUAAAAAUUGGAACGUUAUUAGAGAAGAAUUAACAUUGAUUAAAACAUUAGGUGAGAAACCACGUAUUACGUACAUGAGAGGGCUUAACUUGAAAGCAUUACUUGAGAAAAAGACAAAAGUCCCAAAUAGUAGGGUUAAAGAUACUCCAUGCUCAGAUAUGCUAGGAAUGCUGUCUGGUCUAAUUUCCGAUUCACAGAUAACAGCAUCGUCGACACGGGAUUACCAGUGGACCCCCAGUGCAGCUCGUCUAGUCAGUAGCCGCUCAGGGUGGUUCCCCCAGCAGACAGCACUACAGCCAGGGGAAGAGUGGCUGCAAGUGGAUUUGGGCAGCCCCAAGGCCGUAUCAGGAGUUAUUAUUCAGGGGGCACGAGGAGGCGAUAGCAGCAGUGGUUCUGCAUCAGAAAAUAAGGCUUUUGUGAGAAAGUUUAAGGUGUCCCAUAGCAUGUCUGGGGAGAAAUGGGAAUACAUCAAGGACAUGCAUACGCAACAGCCUAUGAUAUUUGAAGGUAAUUUCCAUUAUGAUACACCAGAAAUUCGAAGGAUUGAUCACACCCCUGCACAGUACAUCCGAGUGUAUCCUGAAAGGUGGUCAGUUGCAGGAAUUGGGAUGAGAUUAGAAGUUCUUGGCUGUGACUGGACAGGUGCAACGCCAACUUCUGAAACUCUGAAGACUACCCCAAAGACUGAUGACAUAACUACUUACUCAUCUUGUGAUGAAGACCCUUCAAGUUGCAGUGAAGCAAAAGGUGUUCACCCAACUCCCAUGGCAGAUCGUGGCUUUAACUGCAGCUUUGGCCUCCUGGAUAAACAUGACCUCUGUGGGUGGUCUCAGGAUCCAACAUCAGAUCUUACGUGGUCAUUUCAUUCACAUGCUACCAGAAUGGAUAAUACAGGAAUGAGCCACGACCAUGGCCCAGGCUCUGGCAAUUACCUGAAACUUGAGACUGGCGAACCAAAAGGCCAUCUUAGGGCAAGGAUUGUCAGUCCUGUAAUGUCCAUCACACAAGACCCUUUGUGUUUGGUGUUCCGUUACCAUGUGCAGCAUGAUAAUAUGAACCUUUUACUGGUCUUCCUAAAGACAACAGGACAAGAUGAGAGAGAACUUUGGCUCGUGAAAGGGAACCAAGAGAAUGACUGGAAAGAGGGGAGGAUUAUACUGCCUAUACAUCCAGCAGAGUAUCAGGUCGUGUUUGAAGGCGUGACUAAUUACGGGUAUAAGACAAAUAUAGGCAUUGAUGAUGUCCAUGUAGUGAACAACGUACCCAUAGGACAAUGCAGGGAACCUGUGACGGCAACCAUCAGCAAUGAACCAGAUGCAAGGGGGUCCUUCCCGCCAGGGAUUGAACCCACAAUGGAUACGGUCUCAGUGCAACCCAUUCCAACCUACUGGUACUACAUUAUGGCUGGUGGAGGUGCUUUCCUGGUGUUGGUCUCUGUCGUGUUGGCUGUUGUUCUCUACUGUCACCGGUACCGUUAUUCAGCCAAGAAAAAUGACAACUCAGUCGCCUUCCAAAACUCACAUUUUACCUCUGGGGUCAGGUCGAGCAUUGAACCCAUACUAAUUGUAAAAGCUGAGAAAGAAGAUCACAGUUUAAAAUGUUGAGUGCAUAUGUACACAUAAGAAAGAACCCUGAAGACAUUGCCUACAUUUGCACUUUUCACUGUGUUCAUCAUGGAAACAGCUGCCUUGUUUUCUAAUCGAUGCUGCAUCUUGAUUCGUAAUAAAACUUUUGAAACCUUGGAUGAAACUAUGUAUAUCCUGUCCUUCAGAAUUUCAUGCAAACAUUUUACUGGAUGAAUUGGUGGAAAUCCCAAGGCAUUUCUUGAAUUCUGGAGGUUUACUAAAUCUUUUUGCUGGAAACAUUGGGCCUGAAUGUGCCAUGACCUGGGGUUUAAUUAUUUUAUUUUAUUUUAUUUUUUAAUGGGAAGGGAUGCUUCUUGUUGCCUUAUGUAACCAAAAAUGAUCUUAAAGAGAUGCUUGAUUGUUUCCUGAAUCUGGAAGUUAACCUUUUAAAGGUUAUUUGCAUCCUAUUUGUUAUAAGCAUAAUCAGACAUUUCUGGACCACAUACACCAAUGGUGAGUGUUACAGAUCGAGUUCUUUGUACUAUUUACAUAAUUGCUGAUUGAUAUUCACCAAGAAAUAUGUAAAUGUGGUGUUAUAAUUUAAUGAUUUUCUCCCAGUUUCAAGUUCAUAACAUCAAAGCUAGAAGUAUUUUGAUAAAAGGGUGCCCCUCCCUAACAUCAAAGCUAGAAGUAUUUUGGUAAAAGGGUGCCCCUCCCAUCUAUCAGUUAUGUGCACACACAAAUGCUGUAGGAAGGGAGCUUCAGAGUAAAACUCUACUAAGGACCUACAUCAUUUUAGGUGUAAUUUUAAAGGAAGUAAGCACUGUUUUUAGUGAGUUAACCACUUGGUGUCUGUGAAAAGGCUAAAACCAUUAAAAUGUGUCAUUUUUCCAUACUGUGGAACAGCUCUUGACCUUAGCUCAUUUUGCAGAGGUGUCUUGGUGAAAGGUUCUAGAGUCUUUUUUUAACACAGGGUUAUUUUUCUAAGGAUCUUGCUGAGUGAUGAUGUUUGCUAGACCUAUAACAGUUUAACGGCAUUCAGUACUGU